AUGGAGAAUGAAAGCAAUGUAACAGAAUUCAUUCUGUUGGGACUCACACAGGAUCCAAGGACGCAGACUAUCAGCUCUGUUGUGUUUUUAUUCCUCUACAUCAUCACCGUGGUGGGAAAUCUCAUCAUUGUGGUAACCGUAGCAUCCAGUAAGACUCUGGAUUCCUCCAUGUAUUUCCUUCUGGCUCACUUAUCAUUCAUCGAACUCUGCUAUUCCUCAGUCAACACACCUAAAUUAAUUGUCGACUUCCUCUCUGAGAAGAAAAUCAUCUACUUCAAAGGCUGUAUGACCCAGGUCUUUGGAGAGCAUUUUCUUGGCGGGACUGAGGUAAUUCUCCUCACGGUGAUGGCCUAUGACCGUUAUGUGGCGAUAUGUAAACCGUUGCACUACACAGCCAUCAUGAGCAGACAUCUCUGUAACUCACUGGUGGCCGUGGCCUGGGCUGGAGGUUUCCUUCAUGCCACAGUACAGAUUCUCUUCAUGGCUCACUUACCAUUCUGUGGCCCCAAUGUCAUCGACCACUUCAUGUGUGAUUUAUACCCCUUGCUGAAACUGGUCUGCUCCGAUACUCAAACCUUGCGCCUGCUGGUUGCUGUUAACAGUGGUGGCAUGAGCGUGUUAAUCUUUGUCCUGUUAAUGAUUUCGUAUGCCUUCAUCUUGCACUCACUGAAGACCAACAGUGCCGUGGGUAGGCUCAAAGCUCUCUCCACCUGUGCCUCCCAAUUCACCAUUGUUGUCAUCUUCUUUAUUCCAUGCAUCUUUGAAUAUUUGCAGCUCACAACAACCUCAUCCAUUGAUAAGGCUGUUGCAGUAUUUUAUACUAUGAUAACCCCCAUGCUAAAUCCCUUCAUCUACACGUUGAGAAAUGCAGAGAUGAUAAAUGCCAUUAGAAAGUCAAUAGGAAAUGUACUUGCCAGAAUAGCCAAAUAUUUCAUCACUACUCGUUACUCUUACUUCUCUUUUUUUUGCAUCUAUAUGAUGAGUUUUAUUCAGUGUUUUUCAGUAAUUCAAUUCUGGGGACAUGGAGUUCUCCACAGAAACAUAAAGCAUUUGGAUCAACAUGAAAAACAACCUUUUGACAUUGUCCUUAAGUAA